AUGGCCUCGACCGCAGCCGACUCGCGAGGCCACGUGCGCACCAGCUCGAUCGCCCAGAAGCGCUCAAACGCCGCGAGCCCGCGCACCCCGAGGACCGCCCCAUUCAGUGGUGGACCCGACUCGCCUGCGUCGUCGCAAGGCCGCUCGUCGACACCCGACAUCCCGCCCCGGCUCGCCAUCCGCGUCAUCGCCGCCGCCCUCGCCCUCUUCCUCGUCCUACACUAUGCCCCUGCCCUCUUGUCCUCGUCCUCGUCGUCCUCGUCGUCCUCCACCUCCCGCCUCAGCCCCUCGGCCCUCGCCCACCACGCCCGCGAGCGCAAAGCUCUCCGCCAGGGCGCGCCCGAGUCGUGGGUCCUCCCGCGCAAGUGGCGCGACGUGCGCCCCGGCGACGGCGACGUCGUCGUCAACGGCGAGACGCUCCCCGCGUGCAAGCGCGUCAUGCUCUUCCGCAUGGGCGACCAGCACGGCUUCUCGAGCGAGAUGCUCCACUAUGCGCGCGCGCUCGUCGUCGCCAACAAGCUCGGGUACGCCCUCCUCGCCGACGACGCCCAGUGGAACUACGGCGCCCUGAGCGACUAUUUCGUGCCGCGCCUCGUCCACUGCCGCCCGCCCGAGGACUGGUUCUCGACCGGGGCGGCGACGCGUGUCGGCACGAGGCGGUGGCAGGGCCAAGACCGCGUCUGGCUCGGGCGCGAGACCGAGCCGCAGGUCGACGAGUGGAUCCGCGACGAGAUGCUCGACCCGAACGACCUUGACGACCUUCGCGCGCGCAAGUUUGCCCCGGGCACGACCGUCCUUCCCGAGGGCGAGACGCUCCCGUCGGCGUUCGAGGAGGUCUUUUCCGACUUUGCCGCCGCGCUCAAGGAGGUGUGGCGCCCGAACCAGGAGCUCGCGGCGCUCGUGCGGAAGCAGAGGAUGGAGCUCGGGCUUGGAGGAGGCGGGCUGCGGCACAGGAAGCACUCGCCGACGUGGGGAGGGAACCGCCGCAAGGGCGCCGCACCGGUCGACACGUCGCAGGACGACGAGGAGCAAGACCGCGAGGCGUGGGAGCUCGGCGUCGCCGAGCGGGCCGACCGCGGUCCCGUCGUCGGCCUGCACCUCGGCGGCCCCAAGCCGUCGCUCUCGCUGUCCCUGUUUGGCCUGUCGCCGCCACCCGGCGCCGCCGCCGCCGCCUCGUCGUUCCACGUCGGCGACCCCUCGGCGCCCCUCGCCGCCGCGCACGACGCGACGCGCCGCCUCACGCACGCCUCGAGCGCGAGCCCGUCGUACUCGCGCGUGCGCCCGACUUUGUUCCCGCCGGGCACGACGGCGACGCUCGUCGCGCUCACGGCCAACUCGAGCGCGUUCGACGAGCUCGCGGCGCGGCCCGAGAGCGUCGAGUUCAACGUCGUCAGGACGUCGGCGCCGGCGAGCGACGAGCUCGCGAGGUGGGACGGGGUAUUCGGCAAUGGCGGGGCAUCGUCGGGCGAGGGAGGCGGGGCGGACCGGCUCCUGAGCGAGUGGGACCAGAAGCGGUGGAACGACGAGGUGCCGAGGGGGCUCAAGGUGCUCCUCGCGAGGCACUUUGCGAGGGACUUGACGACGCUGUCGCUCUAUGCCGACGCGUUCAUCGUCAGCGCCGCGAGCCCGACCGGCCGCCUCGCGCUCCUCCUCUCGGGCGAGGAAGGCGCCGUUGGCCCGCGCGACUUCCACGGCGGCUCGUUCGGCGGCAGGGUGCGCAGCGUCGACGCGUGGUGGAGCCCGACGGCGAGGGUCCAGGCGGUGCUCGGCGCUUGAGCCGGGCGGGCGUGCGGGCGCGUCGUCGAGGAGGAGGACGGGCGAGGG